GGGUGGGAGGCUGAAGCCCGUGCCCACGCUCCGCAGCAGGCCUGGCACCACGUCUGCCCAGCUCCCCAGGAGGCUGCGGGAGGGCCAGGUGGCAUGCAAGGAGUUAAGCGGUAGGCAGUGCUGUGGCUCCGUGCGAGGAGCGCGCCGGGAUGAGGCGCUGCUGGCGGCGGCGGCGGCGGCGGCGAGGGGAGCUGGGGCUGGAGACGUGAAGUCCGGGGAAGCCAGGAGCUAGGCAGCGAGGACACAGCGAGCGAGAGGCGAGGCGGCCGAGCCCGCACCCAGCCGCAGCCCGCGCCCCACGCCCGGUGCGCACCGGGCCCGGGCAUCUCCGGGGCGGGUGUGUGCGCGGGGCCUCGCGGUGGCGCGGGGUCCCCGCAGUGCCGCCCGCCCGCCAGCCCGCCCGAGCGCCAGGCUCUCAGGAGCCCAGCUUUCACUUCGUCUUGCCUCCGCCUGCCUCCCCGGCUCGCCGGCUGGCGUCGCCACCGCCUCCUCGUUCCCGGCCACCGCUGUCGCCGCUGCUGCAAUCCAGGACGCACACCUCCACUUCCCCGCCGGAGGUGCGGAGGAUGCCCCUUGCACCAGACCCGGAGGAAUAGCCCCCGGGCCCGGCCGAGGGAGCCUUGGUGGAGAGAAAGGCGAUUCACACUCGGCUUUCCUUGAUGCCACUGCAGCAGCUGGCAUCUGGGAAGGCGCCCACAGAGCGGGCGCGCCAAGCGGGACGCAGGAGUCGCAGAAAGAGACCCCGGGCUUCUGCUGGGCUCCGCUGGCAGAGUUUGCAAGUGGCUGAGACCCCUCAGGUGGCAGCCCUGAGCCCUAAUGCUUGACCAGAUGGAAACCCGCCAGCUUCUGCUUCUACGAAGUGAACACGCGGAGCUUGGUCCCCAGCUGGGGAAGAGGCCAGAAAUGGCCUCAGUGAAAUAAUCCAGCCCCAACAGGCGGAAGGAGCCGAGAAAAGGCUAGAAGUGCAGUGCGGCUGCUGGUGACUCGAAGAAUCCUCCUCUGAUUGCUAUUUUCAACGUUCUUUGGGGACUCCCUGAGGCGAAGAACCAUGUAGGAAAAUGGGACCAACUCCCGGAUGUCCUGAGCCUCAGAACCCCUUUCGUGACCUAAAGAAGCUCCCGUUGAUCUCAGGAGGGCUGGUGAGCUCUGUCCACCACUCUCUCGGCCAAACCCAAGUGCUGGACUUGCUCUGCUGCCCGGGUCUUGGCAGUCACCUUCGCGGAGGGAAUAAGACUGAAGACCCCCAGGGGUUCCAUCGCUAAGGGGAGCUUGGGAAAGGCAGCCCUCUCCCUCCCUUCCCGGGGUCCCCCCGCCCCCCAGCCAAGCUCCAGCUAGCCAGUCCGGAAUGAUCCCACUAUGGCCAAGCUCUGGUUCAAAUUCCAGCGGUACUUCCGCCGGAAACCUGUGCGUUUCUUUACCUUCCUGGUGCUCUACCUGACAGCCGGGAGCCUCGUCUUCCUUCACUCUGGCUUUGUGGGCCAGCCCGCUGUCUCCCAGAACCAGGCCAACCCCGCCGCGGGGGCCCCAGCCGAGGGCGCUGAGCUAACCUUCCUGGGCGACUUGCAUCUGGGUAGAGGCUUCCGGGACACGGGCGAAGUCGCGAGCAUUGCCCGCAGGUAUGGACCCUGGUUCAAGGGCAAGGAUGGCAAUGAGAGAGCCAAGCUGGGUGACUACGGAGGAGGAGCCUGGAGCCGAGCCCUCAAGGGGAGGGUCGUCCGGGAGAAAGAGGAGGAGAGAGCCAAGUACAUCGGCUGCUACCUGGAUGACACCCAGAGUCGGGCCCUGCGAGGCGUGUCCUUUUUCGACUACAAAAAGAUGACCGUCUUUCGUUGCCAGGACAACUGCGCAGAACGGGGUUACCUGUAUGCCGGGCUGGAGUUCGGCGCUGAGUGCUACUGCGGCCACAAGAUCCAGGCGACGAAUGUGAGCGAAGCUGAGUGCGACAUGGAGUGCAAGGGCGAGAGGGGCAUCCUGUGCGGCGGUGCCAACCGCCUCUCCGUCUACCGGCUGCAGCUGGCACAGGAGUCGGCCCGCAGGUAUGGAAGCGCGGUCUUCCGAGGCUGCUUCCGCAGGCCCGACAACCUCUCCCUGGCCUUGCCCAUGACAGCCGCCAUGCCGAACAUGUCCGUGGACAAGUGUGUGGACCUCUGCACAGAGAAGGAGUACCCGCUGGCAGCCCUUGCAGGCACCGCCUGCCACUGUGGGUUCCCCACCACGCGAUUUCCCCUCCACGAGAGAGAAGAUGAACAGCUCUGUGCCCAGAAGUGCAGCGCGGAAGAGUUUGAGAGCUGCGGGACCCCCAGUUACUUCAUCGUGUACCAGACGCAGGUCCAAGGGAAACUGAAGUGCUGGGUUCUUUCUCCCUCUCAAAAUCGUAUGAUGAAAAAACGGUUUAAAGGUGAGAGGGACCACUGGCGCAGCGGGAGGACCAUCUGCAUCAAGACACACGAGAGCGGCCAGAAGGAGAUCGAGGCCUUCGACGCUGCCAUCCUGCUCAUCCGUAACCCUUACAAGGCCCUCAUGGCGGAGUUCAACCGCAAAUACGGCGGCCACAUCGGCUUCGCUGCGCAUGCCCACUGGAAGGGCAAAGAGUGGCCCGAGUUCGUGAGGAACUACGCCCCGUGGUGGGCCACGCACACGCUGGACUGGCUCAAGUUUGGCAAGAAAGUGCUCGUGGUCCAUUUUGAGGACCUCAAGCAGGACCUGUUCGUCCAGCUGGGCCGGAUGGUCAGCCUGCUGGGGGUGGCCGUCCGGGAGGACCGGCUGCUCUGCGUGGAGAGCCAGAAGGACGGUAAUUUCAAGCGCUCGGGGCUCCGGAAGCUGGAGUACGACCCCUACACGGCAGACAUGCAGAAAACCAUCUCGGCCUACAUCAAGAUGGUGGACGCGGCCCUCAAAGGGAGGAACCUCACCGGCGUUCCUGACGACUACUACCCCAGAUGAUGUGUUGGGGUGCGGGGCUGGGAGUCCUGACCAAGCAGGAGACUCGAGACCCUGGGGACCCCUGCCGUCCGUCCGUCCUCUCUCUGGGAGGGGACAAUCCCCUUGGCUGCUCUUGGCCUUCAAUGAGUUUCCUGCAUGACAAAGGAGGCUCGAGGGGAGAGAUUGUCCAGGCACUCCCCACCUGCUCACUGCCCCCCCCCCGGUUGGAGAUGGAAGAGGCUACUGAUUUGGGGAGUCCCAGCCACAUGGACCCUCUUCUGUCUCCCAUGUCCCUGCCCCCACCACUCUGGGUUCCCCCUUGUGGGAGGGAGGGCUCAUGGGUGUCUUGGAGACAUGGGUGCCUCGCCGCAGGUGUUGAGAACCUUGACACGAGAGCUGAAGGGACUGUUGUAAAAAAGUAGCCCCAGACGCUCUACCCUCCUGGGCUGAGCUUUCAUAGCCUCCCCUCCCCUUCUCCACCCAGGAAGCACUGGCACCAAGGUUCAUCCAGGCCACUUGUUUGAAGAUUGCUGGGAAGUUUCUCUGUAGCCUUAGGUUUCGGGCGUUCUGGGUGGGGUGGGGAAGCAUUGGUGCUCGCAGUAGGUUCGUUGUCACCGCCUCACGGGGUCCCUGGCAUCAUGAGCCCACCCCCAGGUCACAUUGCUCCUGAGAAUCAAUCCGGUUGCCCGUCCACUUCUAGGGCUGGAAUUCUGCCCUUUUCUUCCCCUGCUGUAUCCAGGAGGUAACCGUGGGAUCACUUCCAGGGUUCCUCAGACACCAACAGUUACGCCAUGUGCAGAAUCUGAGUAAGAAGGAGCGCCCCAAUAACACAUCUCUCCAUUGUGGGGUCCGACAUGGGUCUUACACUGCCCUCUGACCCCUACCUGUCCAGGUGAGAGAGCAAGGGUGCCCCAAAUCAGGUGGAACCAAACCCAAAAGAGACCCCCGACACACACACACCCCUUUCCUUGAUCAUAGCCCAACGGAGCCAGCUUCCCUUGGGGGCCCUUUAAGGAGUGAAAUGAAUGGGAUGGCCUUUCAUUUCCAUGCAAAUGCUGCUCCCUUGAUGCUGAGACAUCAAACCAAAGGAUUCCUGAGGACCUGAAUCUCUGAUGAUGGAUCUUAGAAAGCAUUGAUCCAGGAUCCCAUGGCUUCCCCCACCUGGGAGACCAGUGGCCUCACCCCCAGCCCUCACCUGUGCUCCCGUACCAAUCUCCACCAUGUAGAUGCAAAAGCCAUAGGUCACAGCUCUUUACUAUUCUGUCAGGAGCAGCCCCCACCCCAAGCAGCCCCUCUGAAGCCUUGGGGUGCAGGUACAUGCUGGUUCCCAAAUAGCCAAGAGACUAUGGAGAAGGCGAGUGUAAAGAGAUAUAUUUUUUUAAGAGGAAUAUGACUAAUACAUUCCGCCCCUUGGGACCUGGCCAUGCAGGGAAGAGCCUCUGUGGUUCUCUCCCUGAUCUCCUCAUGUGUAGGAUCUGGGCCACCCCAGGGCCCAGCCAGGGGGCUCUGAAUGUAUUUUGUACCAUGUUUCUUUCCCCCAGGCUGAUUUCUAGUCUUCUUUCUCAAAGCAGUAGAGGGCUUGGCCUCCCCUCCCACUCAGAGGUCGGCUCUCUCCGGGAGCCUCUUGGUCCAAGGCCUGGGCCAGUUCUUUGCUGGUGGGCCCCUUGGGCCACAAGCCUCUGUCUGAUGAUUCCUCAGGUCAACACCAUCAUUAAAAGUGAGUUUUGUUGAUAAUUCUA